UCGACGUUUUAUUUAGAAAGAAUAGCCGAAUAUUGUCGCAAUGGAAAUUCGGCUACGAAAUAUCAAUAGCCCUAGUGGUUCCAAUGUCUGUAUUCUUGGCGUGCUGUCAUUUUUUCUUAUCAACUGCAAGGCCGAGAACACUGGAAUGGUUAAUGUUGUCACUGAGAGGAAAGCCGAGGAGAGUCACAGACAAGACAGUGCUAAUCUACUUAUCUUCAUAAUGCUGUUAACUCUUACCAUUUUAACCAUAUGGCUGUUCAAACAUCGUCGUUUCAGAUUUUUACAUGAAACAGGACUGGCUAUGAUCUAUGGUUUGUUUGUGGGGGUCAUCUUGCGAUUUGGAAUUCACGUGCCGCAGGAUGCGAGCAACAUCGCUCUGAGCUGUGCUGUCAAUGCCAGCCCGCCGAUCCUGCUCGUCAAUGUCAGCGGCCACUUUUACGAAUACACGCUGAAGGGAGAAGUCAGAGACAACAAGGGGCGUGAGGUGCCAGAUGCUGAAAUGCUUAAGAAGGUGACCUUUGACCCAGAAGUCUUCUUCAACAUUUUACUGCCUCCUAUAAUCUUUCACGCUGGCUACAGUCUCAAAAGAAGACACUUUUUCAGGAACAUGGGUUCCAUCCUCGCCUAUGCUUUCGUGGGGACAGCGACAUCGUGCUUUGUCAUCGGGUUGAUCAUGUAUGGCUUUGUGGCAUUCAUGAAGGUGAUUGGUCAGCUGGGAGGGGACUUCUUCUUCACUGACUGCCUUUUUUUUGGUGCCAUUAUCUCAGCAACAGACCCAGUGACGGUUCUUGCCAUAUUUAACGAGCUGAAAGUGGAUGCUGACCUCUAUGCUUUGCUCUUUGGAGAGAGCGUGCUUAAUGACGCUGUGGCCAUAGUCCUGUCAUCGUCUAUUGUAGCCUAUCAGCCAGCGGGAGAUAACAGUCACACAUUCGAUGGCAGUGCCAUGCUCAAAUCCCUGGGCGUGUUCCUGGGCGUCUUCAGCGGAUCGUUCGCCUUGGGUGCGGCCACCGGAGUCAUGACUGCUUUAGUUACAAAGUUCACCAAGCUGAGAGAUUUUCCUCUGCUGGAGACUGCUCUCUUCUUCCUGAUGUCCUGGAGUACUUUCCUACUGGCAGAGGCGUGUGGCUUCACUGGUGUGGUAUCUGUACUGUUCUGUGGAAUCACCCAGGCUCAUUAUACCUACAACAACCUCUCUUCUGAGUCAAAGACCAGAACCAAACAGCUUUUUGAGCUGCUGAAUUUUCUGGCUGAGAAUUUCAUCUUUUCCUAUAUGGGAUUGACCCUGUUCUCCUUCCAAUACCAUGUGUUCAACCCCUUCUUCAUUAUUGGGGCAUUUCUGGCUGUUUUCCUUGGCAGAGCAGCUAAUAUCUAUCCACUGUCUUUCUUUUUAAAUCUUGGUCGCAAGAACAAAAUUGGAUCCAACUUCCAGCAUGUCAUGAUGUUUGCAGGGCUCCGGGGGGCCAUGGCCUUCGCCCUCUCGAUCCGAGACACGGCGACGUACGCCAGGCAGAUGACGUUCACCACCACCCUCCUCAUUGUUUUCUUCACCGUGUGGGUCUGCGGGGGCGGAACCACCCAGGUGCUGUCCAUCAUGCAGAUCCGGGUGGGGGUGGACGCAGACCCAGAUAAUGCUGUCACAGCUGUCGAGGGGACCGACCGAAGACUCACCAGACACGAAAGUGCCUGGCCGUUCAGACUGUGGUACGGUUUUGACCACAAUUAUCUGAAGCCCUUCCUGACACACAGUGGGCCCCCCCUUACCACCACUCUCCCUGCUUGUUGUGGUCCAAUAGCACGCUGUCUCACCAGCUCUCAGGCCUAUGAGGAUGAAGGCCAACCACAUGACGAGGACACGGAGCUGAUCCUGAAUGAAGGUAACGGCCUGAUGUACGGAGACGUGACGGUCAGCACGGAUGCUACGGGCGUUCCUAGCACAUCUGACGACGCUCUGGAUAGAGAGCUGGCGUUCGGGAGUACCCGCCUGGUCCUGCCCACCGACGAACCCUUCGACCCUCUCACAGGCUCCGCCUUCCCCCCCUCUCCGCCAACAUCUGACCCUCUCCGUCAUAGAGUGUAA